CUACAUUUACAGUUUGGAAUUUGAUGGACUUCAACGUGGAGUUUUAGGCUUUGGAGCUUACAACUUCUCCAGACCCAUGUUUGAGAUGUUGGCUCCCAGCAGGCACGUGGCCUUCCCAGAAGGGCCUGGAACCAGUGCAGAGGCCCCGGACCCUGGGGACAGGAGUAAGACAAAAAACCACAGCAGCAAGCUACAGGAGCUGGCCCUACUGCUGCCUGUGCCCCUUCAGAGCGGUCCGAAGAAGCUGACCAAGAAGGAGAUCUUGCUGCAUGUCUUGCAGUACAUUCAGUACCUCCACAGACACAUUGAUGCCACCAGGGCACUGCUCAGGCCUCACACUGCGGACGUGGGCAGUGGAGCGGGCGGGAUGGCUCGGAACUCAGCCCUUGGCCCAGCACGGCAGAGACACGCCACCCCUUCCAGCUCACCACUCUCCUGCAAACCCUGUCUCUGGGGCAUCUGCCCAAAACCUCGGAAGAAGAAGCUGACCCGAGGGCCAGAGCCACAAAUCUCAGACCGAAACCCUCGCCGCUGCCUGUCCCUGGAGAAGCCAGAGGAGCUGCUGGCCCUGCCCCUAGAGCAGCCAGGGGGAUCCACCACUCCCCUGAGACAUGGGGAGCCCUGCGAUCUCCCCAAGGCUGCCUGGGGUGACGGAGAGGCCAGUCAGGGCCUGCUGACUUUGCUGGACCCGGCCGAGGACGUCGCCUGCUCUGACUUGCCCCCCGGUGACUGUGCAAACCCAGACCAGAGUGCGCUGACCCUGGAACCCCAGGAGGGUGCAGAGGGGAUUCAUUUUCUCAACCAGACACUGUUCUGUCCCUGGCAGGAACUAAUGCUCUUCGACCCCAGCUGGGACGUGGACCAGGAGGCCCCAGGUGCUGACCCCUGGCUCCCUGCAUGGAGCCCAGAGCGCACCCCCCAUGGGAGUCCACUGUCCCUGGAGCCUCCUCAGGUGGAUUCCUGGAGCGUGCUCAGCCCUUCACUGCUCAGUUCCCCCAACUCACUGCUGCCCGAGCAAAUCCUGGAGGACAGCAUGGAGGACCUGAGCCAGGCUCUGUUUGAAGAUGUCCUCCUGGAUCCUGAGCCAUCAUCUCCCUCUACGCCGGCUGUGGCACCACCCCAGGACGAGCCCCGUGAAGCCCCGCAAGGGCUCCCGGAGCCCUCCACCCCGGGCUCGGCCUCGCAGGCGCUGGACCACUGCGAGGACGGCUCCAGCAGCGAGCUCACCGACACCGACUGGGACUCGGAGUCCAGUCAGGCAGCAGAGAGCCCCUGGGCCGACCCCGCAGGCUCGCCGCGCUCCAGCGACGAAGACCGGGACAGCACGUGGACCCCGAGCCCUGCGCCCCCGGCCAAGAAGAAGGCCGCCAGCCCGGCCGGGCCCAAGGAGGCCAAGAAGGCGACCGGCGCCGCCGCGCCCAAAAAGAAGUGCGUCAACGGCUUCAUCAUGUUCUGCCGCAUGAACCGCAAGCAGUACAUACGGGCCUGCCCGGGGACCGCGUCCACGGCCGCCACCAAGGAGCUAGCCCAGCUGUGGCGCGACAUGACCCUGCAGGAACGGAAGCCGUACUGCACCAAGGCACGCCGCUUCAGCCGCCAGCACAACCGCAUCGUGAAGAGAGGAAGCUCCAGCAGCGAAGAGGACUGGGACACCCCCAAACCCUUCUACCAGCUGCUGGCUGAAAGAGCCCGGGCGGCCCAGGCAGCAGAGAGAGGAGCGGACAAGGGCAGCUGUCCCUGCACCCUCCUGCAAUGA